ACAAAGUGAAAAGCCCUUAAUCAGCCUGGGCAUCACCAUCACCUGUAAGACUGUGUGUUUGUGGGCAGCGUGGCUUGUAUCGUGAGUCGUAGUGUAGGACCUACAAGCAAAAAUGCCUUCUCCAAUACCCGUGACUCGCCUGCUGCCGAAAGACUUUUAUCCGUCUCUCAGCAUCGGAGUUUGCAGUAGUCCACUGACCAAAUACGCAAAUGCUACGACAUUGAACGUGCCUGCUCAAAGGCUCCACGGGAAGGUGGCGAGCAAGCUGUGGUCGUCGGUGAUUCACUGGAAAGAACUGCAGGCGAUGCAGCAGAUAGGCUCCGGAGGGUUCGGUUCGGUGUACAAGGCGACGUACUUCGGGGACACAAUCGCGGUUAAGAAAGUGAAAAAGUGCUCAAAGAAUAAGUUGGCUUCCAGACAAAGCUUUUGGGCAGAACUAAACGCCGCACAUCUUCGGCAUAAAAAUGUGGUGCACGUGAUCGCAGCGACGACGUGUGUCCCAGCCAACUCGGAGAACGAGAACAACAUUGGCACGAUACUGAUGGAGUACGUUGGCAGCCGCAAUCUCCACCACAUCAUCUAUGGCUCUGCAGACGCUCUUGGGAAGGACACUUGUCUCAGGUACUCCGCAGAUAUCGUCCAAGGCCUCCGCUUCUUGCAUUCCCACGGCAUUGUCCAUUUAGACAUCAAACCGGCAAACGUGUUGGUUUCAACCGGGGACAUCUGCAAAAUCGUUGAUUUUGGCAGUUCGGUUCAAGUGGACCGUGCAUGUGAGGCAGGCUCCGUCACGCCCUGUUUGCAAAACGUCGGGGGCACCUAUACCCACCGAGCACCCGAGCUGCUCAAAGGAGAGAGCAUCACCCCAAAAGCGGACAUCUUCUCGUUCGGGAUCACGUUGUGGCAGCUGAUCACCAGGGAGCAGCCAUACCCAGGGGACAGGGAACACGUUUUGUAUGCGGUCGUGGCUUAUAAUCUGCGACCGCCUUUGGAAGACGAGCCGUUGCUCCGACCGACCCAGGGGGUGCAUGCUCUGAGCUGCAGGACGCUGGUGUGUCGCUGCUGGAGCGGUGAGGCAGCUUCCAGGCCCACGGCCGAGGAGGUCCUGGUGGCUCUGGAGGAGCUGCGGUCCAGAGCCUGACUGGCCGGGGUUCUAAUGGCAGGUGCAUUUGUUUCGGUGAAAAUGUUUAUUUUCUAAAAUGGUACUUUCUUUUAUUUUAUUUCCCAACUAUUUCAAUUGUGUCCCCUCGCACCCUUUAAAACUAAAAGAGCGCUAUUAACUAGUAUGUUUUUGUUAUCGAGAAAAUAUCAAUUUAUUUUUUAUACAAAUGUCUGUUUUAAUUAUAUUGUUUAAGGAUUUCAUCUGAAUGUUGUAUUGUAUGGAUGAUGUGAUCAUGACAUUUUAAUGUGUUGGGAAUUUAUUAAAUUUUUGUCUUUAUAUUGUCUUGAAUAUUGUCUAUUUCAGGAUAUCUAAAUGUCAAACCUCUCCUGAAGGAAAUAUGACAACAAAAUGCAGGUUGGCUAAUGAAUCAAAAUAAGUGUUCCUACUUCACUCUAUUAUGGGAUUAUUUAUAUCCAUCAUAUGAUUAUGGCUGUCAAAGAAUAGCCUUGUUUGUUGCUAUAUAUUCGGCUCAAUCAACACAAGUCACCGUGGCCUCCAUAGACUAUCCUUAGAACACACCAGCUGUUGGCAAGCGAUGUUCCCCUCGGCUCUUCAUUUGCAGCCAUCACAAGAAAUGUUCCAAAGCUAGGAGCCAUGUCCUGAAAGCCAGGCAGUCUUGAAACUGCUUCAUGGGAUGUAAAUAAAGGGCAGAAAUUUGCUCUAGUCUAAUAGUGACGGGCUAGUGUGGGGUUAUUACUCUUGUGAAGUCUUAAUAUAAGGUCACUUUUUAUUAAGUUUUUGUGGUGGAUAUCUGAUUUAGCAUGUAAUAAUUUGCAUGAAUCAAUACUUAAAAUUAAGAAUUGUUUAGGGGAAGAUGUGUUGUAUUUGAAUACACAUGCACUACCAACAAUAGUGACUUUCAUACAACAGACUAACUGCCCUAAAUGGACACAUACAAAGACACACUCACAGCGAUACACAGCAAGAACAUCAGAAAAACAGUCCUUUUCGGAUCCUUCUUUUAGUCUUUAUUGAACUUUCAUUACAUUGUGUAAAACACAAGGAGUUGAAGACUGCAGCUCUUCUUUCACUCAUAGCAGCAAAGUGUGAAGACCAAAUCCUGUUAUUCUGCCAGACAAUAAAUAAUCUGUUUCUUUGGAUGAUGUCAAUGUUACGAAAAGAUAAAAGCUGCAGCAUUAAUUUCUAUUUUACACAACUUAUAAACAUAUAUAUUCUAUUUUUUUAUAUAUUUAUAUAUGCUUGUGUGAAUUACUUAGCCUAUAUUUAUAAAAAUACAACAGUAGUUUGUAAAAUAGAUUUUUAAAGUAAAAUAUAGAAGAUUAGCAACUUCAUUCUAUCAUCAUCAUUGUCAUCAUCACAGGAUGUUGAAAUGCGACGAAAAACAAAAACCAACAUGGCUGGAAUGCAGUUUGCUCUGAAACUCCUCAGCUCAUCUUUGAGACAUGUGGUGUGGAGGGAACUAUCAUUGUCUUCACUUUCUAUUAUCGUCCACUAGGGGGGGCUCCUCAGCGGAGCCAUCGCCCAAUACCACAACACACAGGUGAAGAGAAAACAAAAAAAAGCAUGUGAUAUUACAGGCGAGUCCGUCAAAAAACAAAGACUACAAAAAAGUCACAGUACAAAUAAAAAAUAGAUAUAGCUAUAUAGUACAACCGAGCACACAUUCCGGCAGUUCAGCUAAAAUGAAAUUGGAUAUUUUGUUUGUAAAAACGAUACAAUUAAGAACUAGAAAAGAGGUUGGUAGCACCUUGUGGCGCUCGAGAAGUAUAUGUUAGCAGCUUUAUCCAAUACCAAAACAAAUAUUGCAGUAUUGCAGUGUUUCUUACAGACACAUUCAAUAAGGUUCACUGGUACCACUGAAGCUUAUAAAGAAGGUUGACAUGAAUUGCUAAAAGGUCUGUGUCUCUCACUGACAAGCGUCUUAUGUUCAUUGUCUACUCUGUAAGUGUGCACUGCCUGCAAUGAACAGCUCCUCUGGAUGUAUGUUCUUUGAGUGGGUCAAAUGUGGCUUUACGUUCUAAACAGGCGUUUUACCCCCACCGCAACAAAUAUAACUGCUUAAAAUUAAGCAUCUAAAGUAAUAUCUCCCAAAAAUGCAUGAUGUAUGCCUGAUGACAUGAUACAAGUACAUAAGUCUUCAGUUAGAAAAUAAUGUAAUGGUCAAAAUCAAGUAGUAUUUGUUACUUCUUUACCAAAAGUAAGGAAGAAACGCUGAGGUCAAUAGCUGAGUGUUCUCAAUAUCCCUGUGUCAUGUUGUGACGUGUUCAAUUGUCGAUUUAAACUGACAAUUGAACUAAAUGUGAUCCAAGUGUGUGGUUAAGUGCUACAUAAUAUUAAUUAUAUUAUUGAUCUAACCUAAGAUAGCCGAUUGUUUGCCAUGGGCCUUUUCUGAUAUGUGGCCUGUAAAGCAAUUGUGGGGAUUAAAGUUAUGUUUUUGAUAAAGGGCCUCCCAAUGAGAUACACAGAACGCUUGUGCAAGUAAAGCAAAAUUGACACUUUGAUAGGAAAAACACUGUCAAAAUUGUACCUUUUAAAAAUAAAACAAUUUAUAUCAUAUUUACAUGUUAUUGUUCUCUAAAGAGCUAAAUAUAUCUUCUACACAUUUUGUAAUAAAUGUUUUUAAACAAAAAAAAAUGGGAGGAAACAAAAGCAUUUACAAAAAGUGCUAUGAUUACACAACAAAAACAAAACAAAAACAUUUCCAUUGCUAACGUUUCCUGUAAAACCACAAAC